AUUGUAUAUAUCUUGUAUUAUUCGAGGGCAUUUUGUGAGACGUGUCGCGACUUCGAAGGCCGCCCGGCAAUCGUCCGAUCCCAAAUCCGCGGGAGAAUCGCGCGUUCGCUAUCCGAGCAGUGAAAGUACCCGCAUGUCCCCCCUUUAUGUUUCAAGUACGGGGAGACGUACGGGUGAUCUCCAAGCAUGUGCUUCUCACGCGGGACGCACAUCGGGAGCGACCCUGGCUCCCCGUCGUCGUCGUCGUCACCGUCGCCGCCGUCUCGCAAUUCGACGCUCACUGUCAGUGUUCUGUACGGCGCGCUCGGUGCGGUCGAUCGAAUCGCGUUGCAACCUGAUAUUCGCGACGGAAGAUUCGCACACGUGAAGAGUGCGCCGAUGCGUCGAUAAGCGCUCGAUCGCGAGAGACGUCGAUGACUCUCCGUUUUCUCGACUGUCCGCAAAACUGUCGAUCGCCGCUUCAAGAGGAAGCAGGUGUUGCACAAAAGGUCCACGCCGUUUGAAUGAUGAAACUACUUGCAGGCGUAGAAGAGGUUACCGACCACUGUGAAAAAGAGCCCAAUAAUGGUCAACUGCAGAACAAUAAUAGUCAUGAAAAGCAAUUUGCAACAGAAUUGGCGCAAGACGCGAGCAAGCCGCUCGUCAACAAGGCAUGCGAUUCGACAGCCAAAAGAAAAGUUACAUCAGAGGAGGAAGAAAAGUUGAGAUGUUUGCUUCGGUUCGAGGAUGCUCCUGAAUUUCUUCAACAUAAUCCCUACAUAUUGCGUGGCUACCGAGGCUGUUUGACCACCAAAUUAUGUCUCGAAAGCAUAUUUUGGUGGACAAACGAGACCGUGAAUAUAUGGAGUCACAUUUUUGGCUGGAUGCUCUUCUUCGGUCUGACUCUAUAUGAUCUCUGUUUAUUGAAUAUUCAUGCACCAUUUAGUGAUAAAUUGAUUGUGUCCUUGUUGCUUCUUUGUUUUCAGGUAUGCAUGAUUUUAUCAUCCGUAUAUCACACAUUCUCGUGUCGAAGCGAAAAGGAUUACUGGUGCUUCCUAUCCUUCGACUUGUUCGGUAUUGCCCUGAGUAUGCUAUCGAUAUAUAUGUCAGGGGUCUACUAUGCCUUUUGGUGUCAUAAGGAGUUGCAGCGAUUUUACCUCGCCACCGUGCUCGCGAUCUUCAUUUUCGCGAUGAUAUUGCAAAUACCGAGGCUAAACAUCAAUGGUAACAUUAAGCUAGCCGUAUUUGUGUCCUGGGCGAUAUAUGGCGUACUGCCAACGCUGCAUUGGACCAUUGCGAUGGGCGGCUUUGAGAACCCGAUCGUUAGAAUGCUUAUUCCGAGGGUGAUAGGAAUGUACAUUAUUAAUGCGAUAGCAUUCGCGUUCUAUAUGCUCAAGAUACCCGAACGUUUUUGUCCAGGCUGGGUAGACUAUGUCGGCUCGUCGCAUCAAUGGUGGCACGCGUUAGUUGUGCUAGCCCUCUAUUAUUGGCACAACACUGGAAUGCUUUACGUGGAAUAUAGAAUGAAUCACGGAUGUCCGAGUAGUAUGGCAUUAUGACAUACGGAUUCCGGCGACCAACCAGAGUCUAUCCUUGUGAUGGAUUGCUCUUGUAUGAUGAAAGCAAAUUGGUCGCCACAGAUAACAGAACCACCGUUUUACAGUAUCUUGAAGAAUAUGUCUUGCGAGAUACAAAAUCCAUUGCGUGUGUACGCUCAUCGAUAGUCGUGACACGUACAUAUUUAGGAAAUAUAUAUGUUACAAUGUUCUGGAUGAAAAGAGACUUGCUACAGGAUGGCCUCAAAUACAUUGUACAAUCGAGAAGAAAGUGGUUCUAUGGUGUAAAAUAGGUCAAAAUGAUAGAAUUAAUUUUUUUCGUAUGCUUGAUUAACUGUGAGUCUUUUCUUUUUUUAAAUGAGACUUUAUUAUAGAAAAAAAAUUAUCUUAUCAUUUUGCACCAUAAAAUCAUUAUCAUUCUAGUUGUACGACAUUUAGAUCCACCUUAUAUAAUAUAAUUCGCAACAUUCGCAAACAUUUUCAAACAUUAUUAUAUUUGUGUUUAUCAUUAUUAUUUAUAUUUGUCUUUUGACAACUAAUAACU